UGAUAAUAGUUUUAUUUACCGCGGUACCGUUUUUGUUACCAUAAUGCCCUGUUUUGACGGCAUCUCCGGUUUUGACGAAAGCGACUUCCCGUGGAUUCUGCGCACCAACCAAAUGUUUAUGAACCCGUUGAAGAAUCUUGUAUGUCGUCCGAAUACCUAUAGAAUGCGACAGAAACAGAAGCCCCAACGUGUACGCGCUGAAAAGACCAAGUACCGCCAGUACUCACCAGAAGCUCUUUCCAAUGCCUACAAGUCUGUUAAAAAUGGCGAAAACAAUAUUAACCAAGCAUCUAUCAAAUAUAAAGUACCAGAGGCCACACUACGACAUCGACUAAGUGGUGCCGUAAUUAACCCAGAAUGCACUGGCUCUGGACCCCCUCCUUUGAUGUCCGAGAUGGAAGAAAAAAUAUUUGCAGAUCAUGUUUUUAUGAUGUCCAAAGUCGGGUUUGAAUACAUCCGAGCCGAAAUAGUCCGGAUUGCUUCACAGUAUGCAGUGCAUCUGGGAGUGAGGGACGAAGAGAAACCUCUGUCAAUGAAGUGGUUUUAUAAACUCAAAUCGCGCUGGCCAAACUUGCCUACUUUGGGAAAAGUUAGAACUCUACCCAUUCUACAUGCUAAAGCUGCAAGUUCAGAUACUGUUUCUUCCUAUCACUCAUUGCUGGAAGGCAUUAUGAAGGAGUAUAAGUUGUCCAACAAACCACAGUUUAUUUAUAAUAUUAACGAAAUGUCUCUGAUUAAUGAUAAUAGUUCGCUACAUUCUUACAGUGCUAAAGGGUUGGCAGCCCCUAUAGACCUCUCAUCCUCAACUGUUACCUUAAUCAGCUGUGGGAAUGCUAAAGGAACACAGAUUCCUCCGUUUGUCGUGUUUCCAGGAAAGCGCAUGAAGAAGGAACUUUUGAUUGGUUGUUCUGCAGGAACCAAUGGAGAGGUGACAGAGACCGGUGCAUUGGACACUCAGCUCUUUCAGAGUUACAUUGAGAAUCAUUUCCUAAAAUAUGCUGAGGAGUGUAGGAAAAGUGGUCAAUACAUCUUGAUGCUGUAUGAUGGGUUCAGGUCACAUAUUUCUCUCUCCGUCAUUGAGUGGGCCAAGGCUCACAACAUCAUUCUUUUUGUUCUACCAUUACACAUGUCGCAUGUAUUACAACCUGAAAAUGAUUCCUGCUUUGGACCAUUGCUGGAAAUGUAUGAAUCAGAAUGUCAAAAACAUGUGGAGACGUGUGAAGGUGAAAGUUUGAUCACAUGUAACAGUAUAGGGGAAAUAGCUUGUAGAGCUUAUACUAACGCACUGUCUCCAGCAAACUUAAAAUCAGGAUUUAAACAGGCUGGAAUAUAUCCUCUUAGUCAGAAAACACUGCAGGAGGGGGCAAAACGAUAUUCAUCAGGAAAAGGAAAAGCAAAGAGAAAAGCAAAGAGGAAAACAGACGAUGAGGGAAAUGGAAAAAAAACUCCUGCAAAGAAAAUUAAAAUUAGUUUAGUCCUAGAAAUGGAAGAGGCUGACAUUUCAGAUCAGGAAUCCGAGAUUGGGAUGUUAUCUGAAGAGGAAUUAUUGUUAUCCUCCGAAGACGAUGAUGUUGAUAACAAAAACACUGAAAACACUGAUGUGAAUAUACAACAACUAACUGAGGAGACAGGGCAAUGUAUUGUACCACCACAGGAUGUGGCACUUGACCUGUUGUCGCCCCAUCUGUUAGGAGCCUGUGAGACGGUAAUCAGUACGAUGAGUGAACAGCCACCUGUAACUACUAGUGAGGAGUAUGUCCCAGGUACUCAUUCCAUGGCCUUUGUUACUGUACCCAGCAUGGACGUGGCCAGAAAACUCUCACAUGGACUGGUGCAAGAGAAAUUGGCAGCUUGUGUAAAUAUCAUCCCACAGGUGACCUCAGUAUAUGAAUGGGAAGGCAAAGUCAAUGAGGAUUCUGAACUACUCAUGAUGGUAAAAACACUUACAGCGAAGGUUGAUGAUCUCAGCAAGUAUAUUAGGGAGAAUCAUCCGUAUGAUGUGGCGGAAGUAAUAAGUUCAAAGAUUGACAAUGGUAACCCUCCUUACCUGAAGUGGCUGAGUGACUCGGUGAUGGACACUCCUGUCCAUCAGACAGAUUCGAAAACUGAUGAUCAACAAUAGAAAAGUCCAAUGGAGUGGUCGUGAUACCACUGGGGCUGCAGACAAUUGAAAACAAACGGACUGGAUGUUUAAAAUCUCCAGAAUUGUUAACUUUUGUUUAAGUGGAUCAAACAAGACGCUUAGUUUCACAGGAUUUCACAAAAUCCCUAUUUUAACAGGAGUGCGUGAAAACAUUUUCUCAAAAUGUUUCAAUCUAUUUGUGUAUGUUGGUAUGUCCCAUUUCUCCAAUAGUAUCCAAUACAUGUAUUUACAUGAUACUGUGUGUUCACUGUGAGAUAUAAACUACACAGCUUGUAGUGAAACAUGAUUGUAUCUUAAAGCAUUGUUUUAGUUUAGUAACGCAUAAGAUAAAAUUUACCUGAGAACUGUAAUACCAGUUCAGUUUGAAAAAGAUAUUAUGAUAGAAACCAGGUCCCAGACUCGGGGCAUCAUUUGACUCUUGAGUUUAAGCAAUUUCAGAAGUCAAGUCACGAUUUCUGAGAAUUCUAAAGGGUCAAAACAUAUGUCAAAUAGACUCAUUCCUUCAAACCCAAGAGUCAGAUCUCAUUUUGGGGAGUCAAGAACAUACUUUUGAGGGUCUACUGGAUGCCCUGAGACUAAACCACUACCAUUAAGGUUUUACGUUGGAAUGUUUUUAUAAUUUUGGUUGCUGUUAAUUUGGAAGGAAUAUUUUUUUCACACAUUACCAUAUGUGUUAGGUGGGAAAGAUUCCAGCCGAGAACAAUGUCAUCAAUGCCUUUUCUGAAUUGCAUUUCCAGCCACAUGUAAGAAACUUCAUUCUUAGAAUUAUUUACAUUAUACAGAAAAGACAUCUCAGUAUCGUGUAUGGAAAUUUGACUGUCUCUAAGGCAGAAUGUAGUAAUAAAUAGGUGGGGUCUAUGGCUGGUUUGACUGGAGUUAUAGACACAUGGUCUGUCUGACGGGUAUAGACACAUGGUCUCAGAUACUGGUUUGACUGGAGUUAUAGACACAUGGUCUGUCUGACGGGUAUAGACACAUGGUCUCAGAUACUGGUUUGACUGGAGUUAUAGACACAUGGUCUCAGAUACUGGUUUGACUGGAGUUAUAGACACUUGGUCUCGGAUACUGGUUUGACUGUAGUUAUAGACACAUGGUCUCGGAUACCAGUGUGACUGUAGUUAUAGACACAUGGUCUCAGAUACUGGUUUGACUGGAGUUAUAGACACAUGGUCUCGGAUACCAGUGUGACUGUAGUUAUAGACACAUGGUCUCAGAUACUGGUUUGACUGGAGUUAUAGACACAUGGUCUCAGAUACUGGUUUGACUGGAGUUAUAGACACAUGGUCUCAGAUACUGGUUUGACUGGAGUUAUAGACACAUGGUCUCAGAUACUGGUUUGACUGGAGUUAUAGACACAUGGUCUCAGAUACUGGUUUGACUGUAUAGUUACAGACACAUGGUCUGGGUUACUGGUUUGACUGUAUAGUUACAGACAGGUUAGACACAUAGUCUGUCCGACAGGUAUAGACACAUGGUCUCUAAUGCAGGUUUGACUUUAGUCAAAAACACAUAGUCUGUCCGACAGGUAUAGACACAUGGUCUCUAAUGCAUGUUUGACUAGUUAGACACAUAGUCUGUCCGACAGGUAUAGACACAUGAUCUCUAAUGCAGAUUUGACUGUAGUCACAGACACAUGGUCUGUCUGACGGGUAUAGACACACAGUCUCUAAUGCAGGUUUGACUGUAGUAAUAGUCAGGUUUGGUUGUCUACCAUCUACCAUAUAAGUACCCUCAGCCAUGACAUGUGCAUACAUAUGAAGGAAUCUUAAUGGAAUAAGGCAGUCCUUAUUAUUUCUAGUUAUGAUGUAGUCACCUUAAUAAACCAAGUUAUAGUAAUAGCUAUACAACAACGUUAUAGGAACUUACUGCUAUAAAUGAUGUUACCAUACUGUUAGUUGGUAUUAAAUGGUCUAACCAAGUGAUGUGUGCCAGGAAUAUCGUAUUUACUGAUGUCAAUUUCUGUAUUCCAUGAAGCUAUUUUAAAUAGUGUUUGUUGGCUAAAAAAUAAACAGUAUUGAAGGAC